CAGAAUUUUCUCUGCGAAUUUUGACUUUUGCAUCAGAAGGUAAAAAUUAGUAACCGGCUAGUGGCUAGAGAUUCUUUCUCUUAACUUAAAAUUCUGUAUAAUUCAACCCAAUUAUCCUGGAAUUGUAACAAAAUAGUUGGGCAGGCGUGAAUUACGACGGCCCCAUGUUGAGGACUAUUAUCGUCUGUCCUGCAAAUUGGGGGACUCAUGCUGCUAAUUGUCGUGCAUUUCGUGGCAAUUUCCUCUGCCUGCGGAAUGAUGGGAGUGGAGGUCGUCGUGGGUGGAGCAGUCUGCCUCGAACCAGCAAAAGUCGCUUCUCGUACCCCGAGGGAAUGGUAGCGCACGAAGAUGAUUACCUUGACGAGGCCCAGUACCCAGAAAUCGACGAAGAAACUCAUCAAUUUUCAAAAUAUCAGAAAGAUAAACAUCAAACAAUGUUGAGUUGGCACCAAACAAUUAGAGACCAACCCAACCCGGAAGCUAAAACUUUGGAAAUUAAUAUGCCAAGAGGAUAUGGAUACAGGUGCUCAAUACUAAAUGAGGAACGUUUUGAGUAUGCCAGUGAGUCAGUAUAUAAAUUCCUUACAAGAAGUCACCUAAUUGAAAAUGAACUGCCGGAUGUUUAUUCUUCGCCCGAAUUGAUCAAGGAAGCCAAGCAUUAUGCUGAAAAAUUACGUGAACCAAUUCUGGAGGCGUUAAACUUUGAAUCAAAUCACCAAAGUCGAAGCUAUGAUGGCGACCUAGAGCAAACGACAAAAUCAAUUGAUUUGAAAAGGUCUCAAUCAAUUGUGACACAAAUAAAUAGAGUAAUUUUAUCUGUUCUGGGUGGCGAAGUGGAUCACCUGAGUAAUUGCCAGGUUGACCUAUCUCCAAAAAUUGAGGCCUUCUGGCUUAUGGGUGGUCAGCAGCCUACUAAUCGCAUGAGAGAGUCAAGACUCAAAUUACAAAAGUCCAAGUUCCGAAAAUGCAAAAAGAAUGAAUAUGACCCUAUUGAAACACCUUUCCAGUACAAAGGAUCUCCUUUGUUGCAGCUCCGAUGUGAGAAUCCAGUCAACAAUUUCGUUGACGCAAAUUCUCCUCACUGCACUCUACCACCAAAUACACCGUUGGUUUUUCCAUAUCAAUUAAGCAAUUACGGAAUUGGACAAGUAAAAUAUAACUUUGCCAGUCUUGUACCAGGUACUUGGGCAUCUGAUAAUCAUCGAUGUAGCCAUAUCGCAUUUCACCCUCGACAUCAUUUGCUUGAUGAGGCUGUGCAGAGUAGUGAAUAUUGGGUUGCAGAUAGAGAAAAUUCCCUGGCUAGUCAAGCAAUUUUAACUUCAUUUGGUCGACUACUAGCUCAAGCAUUGUAUUUCGGGUUUGACCAAUUUACAGAAUUGAAUUAUCCAUUUUCAAGUCAAACAAUAAUUACGGAUGGCCUAAAAUGGACAUUUUCUGCGUAUCAAUUAAAUACAAUUCGUCUUGCAGCGUUGCAUCUUCAUAAAAAUCCAAGACAAAAUAUUUGUUGGAAAAUGAACUCUAUGAAUAUAUUCGAAGAUGCCGAACUAAAAACGAUAAACAUGACUACUCUUGAAACUAUUCUCAAGUUUUACUUAAAUAAACCGAAACAAAUUGCGGUUGAAAACCCGACGCCGUACUUGAAGUCGCCCUUAUCAACAUGGGAUGACGAAACUCGAAAGGAAAUUGUUUUUCACAACUAUCGGGACAUGGUUUCACAACGUUGGUACGUGGUCAACUAUCGACGAAGGAUGUACCCUGAAGUUUACGAAUGGGAAAACAUCUACAAGAUACGCCAUCAACAACGCUUCUUUGAGCCUCGUCGACGCUUCUUUGAAUUGCCAUUAGAUUUUCCUGGCCGUUAUCCAUAUGAUAAACCAUAUGGAUUAAUUGAUCCACAUUUUGUGGGGAAGCGAAUGAAGUUUUUAAUGAAUGAAUUAGAUGCAAAUAAAGAAAAAGAACGAAUUGAGGAAGCUAAGCGAACUCAAAGCUCUGUGUAUGAAGUUGAAGAUGACCCAAAAGAAAAACGAAGGAAAUGAUGUAAUUAAAUCAUGUAGCUUACAAUUCGUUUGGUAGACUAAUCAUAUAGUAUGUACAUAUUAUAUAGUGUUUCUAGUAUUUUUACAACCCAAUACAGUACCAUCACCAUAUUCAUGUACUUCGUGUUUUCUCGAGUUCACUCACAAUAAAACAUGACUUGUUCGACUA